GAUAAGGUAAAGAUAGUAUUACAAAAUCGCCGAGACGUAGAGAUAAACAUGGCUGUUUCGGCCACCAUGAUCAGCCGCCUGGCAAUGCUUGGAAGGUUUUCAGGCCUCCCUGUACGGACCCUCCCGGCGGCCUGCUCCCAGUCACAGCCAAUCAGGUGUCUUCAUGAACAGAAGAAUGCUUCAACACAAACGCAAUCACAAUGCACAAGUCUGGUACCAUACAGGAAUCAAAGCACCUCGGCAGCUCCAGCCAAGAAAGAUGGAUUCAAGUUGAACAAUGCAGCAGACUUUGUGGUAGCUAAAGCCGAUGAUGUUAUCAACUGGGCCAGGAGGAGUUCACUCUGGCCCAUGACAUUUGGCCUCGCCUGCUGCGCUGUGGAGAUGAUGCACUUCGCUGCUCCCCGGUACGACAUGGACAGGUUUGGCGUGGUGUUCCGAGCCAGCCCUCGACAGUCUGACGUGAUGAUCGUUGCCGGUACCCUGACCAAUAAGAUGGCUCCUGCUCUGAGGAAGGUCUACGAUCAGAUGCCUGAGCCAAGAUGGGUGAUCUCGAUGGGAAGCUGUGCAAAUGGAGGUGGCUACUACCAUUACUCUUACGCCGUUGUCAGGGGUUGUGACAGAAUCGUACCAGUUGAUAUCUACGUUCCAGGUUGUCCUCCUACAGCAGAGGCUCUUCUCUAUGGUGUCCUCCAACUGCAAAAGAAAAUCAAACGAGCCCAGAAUAUCACCAUGUGGUACAGGAAAUAAAGAGGCACUUCUUCUACUUGCAAUUUGAAAGAAUUUUAUAACCUUCAACUGUUUUUUUCCUAUUAUGUCACAAUCUCUAUUGUAUAGAAAUUUAAAGAUUGUCUCCUAGACAGAAAAGAGGUCACCCUUUCAAUCUAUUUAUGCAAAGUUCAAUCAUUUGUCGAUCUCCUGGGCGGAUGGAUCUCCUUAUUAGAAAAACUGAAAAAGUUUCACAUGCUUUUGAGGUUAGCUUUUCUAUUAAAUAUUUUUUUAUUGCAAUGGAGUGAACCUUUUGUUCUGUCAAUGAAUUUUACAUGUAUUAUUCUCUUCAAUAUUUGUUAUGAAAAAACAAAGAAAAAAAUUGCACUCACUUUGAAAGAAACUAACAAGUUUAUUAUCACAGAUUACUUCUGUCUGUAGUUAUGAAGCCCCCCCCCCUCCCCCGAGGAGAAAAUGUUGAAGAAUAAACAUGUCUACUCUAACCAAACACCGCAUAAUAUCUGGUCAUCAUAUUCUUUAAAGGAAUUUUCACUAAUGUUUGAGGCACCUUUUGCAACAUAAGAAGGGUUGACCUGAAAAUUGGUGAUCAAAGGAUUGUUUAAAAGAAAUUCACGUGUUUAUCAUUAUGACUGGUUGAGAAAGCUUUAUGACUGUAAGAUAGACCUGACAGUCAUCCCAGUCACAAUUGCUUUUUGUGAAUCACUGAAUGGGAAAAGGUGUAGAAGAAGGUUACAGAGUGUUUUCAGAAAUACAUAUUAUUUGUACAAAUAAAUCUGAUUUGAAUGUGAAUUGA